AUGCUCUCUGCAUCUUCUUCUUAUCUCCUGGUGCCAUUUCUAGGCACCCCUUGUUUGAAUUUGGUCAAAUUAUCGCAGCCCCUGAAUGCGCUCGCUGCGUUUAGGGUCUCUGUGCGUCAUUUUUGUUCGGAGAUUGUUACAGUGGAUCAAAGUUUUGACUGUGAUGGGAGGAGUGGUAUUGAGGACGAAUCAUUAGAAGGUGAUGUAGAUAAGUUUUGGGAGGCCAUUACGGAUAACUCUAACGCAUAUUGUAAUAUGGAGAAAGCUCUUGAUCAAGUUGGUCUACCAUUGACUACUCCGUUGGUUGUUGGGGUGCUUCAUAGGCUUCGUUUUGAGGAGAAACUAGCAUUUAGGUUCUUUAUGUGGGCAGGCCGCCGAGAAAAUUAUGUUCAUGAAUCUCUGGCGUACAAUGAUAUGAUUGACAUAUUAUCGUGCACGAGGUAUAAAGUGAAGCAGUUUCGAAUUGUUUGUGACUUACUGGAUUAUAUGAAGAGGCACAACAAGAGUAAGGUUCCUGUUGAGGUUCUCUUAACAAUUUUGAAGCAAUACACGGAAAAGCAUCUCACCUAUCUGCAGAAAUUCGCCAAGAAGAAGCGGAUACGGGUGAAGACGCAGCCGGAAAUCAAUGCGUUGAACCUGCUAUUGGAUGCCCUGUGUAAGUGCAGUCUGGUUCAAGAUGCUCAAGACAUGUUACAGAGGGUGAAGAAAAAGGUUAAGCCUGAUGCUAAUACGUACAACAUUUUGUUUUUUGGUUGGUGUAGAGUUAGGAAUCCGACUCGAGGAAUGAAGCUGCUGGAAGAGAUGAUCCAAAUGGGACAUGCACCUGAUAAUUUCACAUACACUACUGCCAUUGAUGCCUUUUGCAAAGCAGGGAUGGUGUCUGAGGCAGCUGAACUUUUUGAAUUCAUGCGAACCCGAGGUUCUACAAUUUCUUCUCCCACUGCAAAAACUUAUGCAAUUAUGAUUGUGGCUCUUGUGCAGAAUGAUAGAAUGGAGGAGUGCUUCAAACUUCUCGGACAUAUGAUAAACAGUGGUUGCCUUCCUGAUGUUUCUACAUACAAGGAAUUACUUGAAGGAAUGUGUUUGGCUGGAAAGGUUGAGGAGGCUUACAAGUUUUUGCAAGAGAUGGGAAACAAAGGUUACCCUCCUGACAUCGUUACUUUUAACUGUUUUCUCAAGGUUCUUUGUGACAAUAAAAAUAGUGAGGAAGCACUUAAGCUUUAUGGAAAAAUGAUAGACGUAGGUUGUAUGCCUAGUGUGCAGACUUAUAAUAUGCUGAUUUCAAUGUAUUUUGAGAUGGGUGAUCCUGACGGGGCAUUUGAGACUUGGCAUGAGAUGGAUAAGAGGGGCUGUGCACAGGAUACUGAUACUUACUGCAUGAUGAUUGAAGGGCUUUUUGGUUGCAAUAAAGUGGAAGAUGCGUGCUGCCUAUUGGAAGACGUCGUAAACAAGGGAAUGAAAUUGCCAUAUAGCAAGUUUGACUCAUUUCUGAUGCAGCUUUCUGUGAUUGGUGAUCUCCAAUCCAUCCACAGGCUUUCAGGUCAUAUGAGACAGUUCUACAAUCCUUCUAUGGCAAGACGUUUUGCGUUGAACCAGAAGCGGAGGAGCAUGAGUUUGAGAGGGAGCUAA